CUUAAUUGGCGCUUUAAAUUAAUCGGCCCUUUUUCUAAAAUGAUGUUAUCGUGUGAAAGCAGUUUGGGGUGGCUUUACUUGUCUUUUUCCUGCUUUUUCGUUUCCACCAUUAUUUUCCCCUAAAAAAUAAAAAGUCCUUACCAAUUCCACAGAAGAGAGAGAGGGAGGCUUCUGGAAAUUUAUAGAAAAAGGGGUUAAAUUUGGGCACGGAGGGGUGCCGGAAAUAUUAGGGCACGAUUUGGCCCCCUCUUUUUCUCUCAUCUCAGCCUGUUGGUGAGGCUCUGGGAGCGGUCCGACAUGGGAUUAAGGGAUAAAGAUGGGACUUCGAUGCUUAGGGUUUUUGAAUAAUUGUUGCCCGUCGGUACUGCUUUCGAGCUUGUUCGAGUGGGUUUCUGCAGUAAAAAUUCAAACUUUCUACUGAUUUAUCUCCUGAUCUCGUCGAUGCUCGCUUAGUAGAGUAAACUUUCCAGACUGUUUUUGUUCAAGUUGUCUUGCAAAUUUGCGCUAUUUUAAGUUCCAAGGAGAAUCUAGAGUUGUGAUCUUACUUUGUGCUGUCCUUCCUGCGGAGUUCUCGGGGUUGUUCCACCGGUAGGGUUUGGGUUUUCCCGGUAAUGGUGUUUUGAGCUUCCUCACCGUGGCCAUGGAAGUGCGAUCAGAACCAGGAAUUAUGCCUGCUCGGGAACCCUUUAGCUCCGGAAUGCAGAAAAGUCCCGCGCAGGCUCCGCCAGCCAUCCAGAGCAUGAGAUUGGCCUUUACACCGGACGGUACAGCGAUCUACAAGCCAAUAACCAGCACCUCUCCUCCUCCUCCUGCUCCUGCUCCUGCCCCUUACCAAGGAGGAGGCGGAGGGGGAGGGACCACUGGCAGCGGCGUCGAAGGUCCCUCUCCAAUGAUGGCUCCACAUGGCCUAAAUAUCACCAUGGGUGAGCCUGUGAAGCGGAAGCGAGGACGGCCGAGAAAGUACGGGCCUGAUGGAACCAUGGCUCUUGCUCUGAUCCCUACAUCGGCUGCUGCUUCAGGCGCACCGGGGGGCGGUGGAUUCUCCCUUUCCCCUACUGGAACAACUAACAGAGCAUCCUCGGCAGAUCCUUCGAAGAAAGCAAGGGGCCGACCUCCUGGUUCUGGCAAGAAGCAGCAGAUGGCUGCUCUAGGAUCAGCAGGGAUUGGAUUUACUCCUCAUGUUAUCACAGUGAAGACUGGAGAGGAUGUAUCUUCAAAAAUUAUGUCAUUUUCUCAGCAUGGUCCACGUGCUGUUUGCAUUCUUUCUGCAAAUGGUGCAAUAUCUAAUGUAACACUUCGUCAAGCAGCAACUUCUGGUGGAACUGUAACUUAUGAGGGACGGUUUGAGAUAUUGUCAUUGUCGGGCUCAUUUCUGCUUUCAGAGAGUGGUGGUCAGCGUAGCCGAACAGGUGGAUUGAGUGUUUCACUUGCCGGUCCCGAUGGGCGCGUGUUGGGCGGGGGAGUGGCAGGACUGUUGACUGCAGCAUCACCUGUCCAGGUGGUUGUGGGGAGCUUCAUUGCCGGUAAAAAAGAACCGAAACAGGUCAAUAAUCCCUUGGAACCGAUGUCGGCCCCUGGAAAGCUUGCACCUGUUCCAGCACCAGCCCCCAGCAGCCCAACCUCACGGGGCACCUUGAGCGAAUCCUCCGGUGGGCCUGGGAGUCCGCUCAACCAGAGUAUGGGAACAUGCAAUAACAACAACCAGCAAGGGUUGUCUAACAUGCCAUGGAAAUAACUUAUGCUAUCAUUACUGUGUGUUUGUAAUUGUAUUUGAAUCUUGUUUAGGGGUAGUUCCUAGUGACUGCGGAAACAAACUGUUGUGUGUUUCUUCUCCCUGUGGUAGGUUAUUUUAGUUGUGGUGUUUAGCUUAGAGACAAGAGUUUAUAUGUUUCAAGGAUUCUUCAGCACCUGUUUGGACCUUCCUGUAAUGCUUGUACCAUUAUUACUGACGUCCCAAGAUGUUGUAGAUUAUUAUUUUGCUUACGAGCCAAUCUGGUUGCAUA